AAAGUAAAAAGAUUCCUCCGAAGAUCAAUAAUUGGGAACAUCAAAUCCUUAUCAGAAAAACAACAGCAAACAACCAACUCCAUUGAUGAUUAUCUAAGAAGAAGCCCCAUUGAUGUCGAAAUCAAAAUCUCUAGCCUUCGUAAUCGCUGCUUUAUCUUACUCCUUCUUCUCCCUCUUCUCUUCUCCACCAAAGUCUCACUACCACGAGCUCUUCAUCUCCACUUCCUUCUCCGACAACGCUUCCGUCGCUCUAAACCUCCACACCCUCACGCGCCGCCCUCAUGUAGCCGGUACAGUGGCCAACGCUGAAGCAGCGGAAUAUGUUCGCUCUGUUUUCACCUCCUCUGCUCUCAAAUCACACGUCGUUGCUUACCAAGUGUCUCUAACUUACCCAGUUCAUCGCUCUUUGGUACUAACGCCGACAGACUCUGCAAAGCCAAUCACUUUCUUGCUGGAACAAGAAAAACUCGGAGACAAUCCUUAUGCUAAUGAAGUGAUGCCUACUUUUCAUGGAUACGCUAAGUCAGGUAACGUUUCAGGUCCAGUGGUUUAUGCAAACUAUGGACGAGUGGAAGAUUUCGUGAGACUCAAGAAAGAUAUGGGCGUGAAUGUCUCUGGAGCCGUUGUAAUCGCGAGGUACGGUCAGAUAUACAGAGGAGACAUUGUGAAGAACGCUUACGAGGCAGGAGCUGUAGGGGUUGUGAUAUAUACUGAUAAGAGAGAUUACGGCGGAGAUGAGUGGUUUCCGGCGAGUAAAUGGAUGCCACCGAGUGGGGUUCAAGUUGGUACUGUUUAUAAUGGGUUAGGUGAUCCAACGACUCCUGGAUGGGCAAGUGUUGAUGGGUGUGAGAGAUUAUCGGACGAGGCGGUUGAAUUGAGCGGUGAUGUUCCGCUUAUACCGUCGUUGCCUGUCUCAGCUGCUGAUGCUGAAGUGAUUCUGAAGACAGUUGUUGGAGAUGUUUCUGAUGGAGAUGUUUAUCCAGUGGGGCCUGGACCUGGGGUCUUGAACCUCAGCUACAUUGGGGAAACUGUUAUUGCCAAGAUUGAGAAUGUUAUUGGAGUGAUUGAAGGAGAAGAAGAGCCUGAUAGAUAUGUGAUUCUUGGGAACCAUAGAGACGCUUGGACUUUUGGAGCUGUUGAUCCGAACAGUGGCACUGCGGUACUUAUGGAGAUUGCACAAAGACUAGAUAAGCUGCAGAAAAGAGGAUGGAAGCCUCGAAGGACGAUUAUUCUGUGUAAUUGGGAUGCUGAGGAGUAUGGCCUGAUUGGGUCAACAGAAUGGGUAGAAGAAAAUAGAGAGAUGUUAAGUUCGAGAGCAGUGGCCUACUUGAAUGUAGAUUGUGCGGUAUCUGGCCCUGGAUUUCAUGCCUCUGCGACUCCACAACUAGAUGAAUUGAUCAAAGUAGCUGCUCAAGAGGUCCGGGAUCCAGAUAACGCAACGCAAACAAUCUAUGAAUCGUGGAUAGGAUCAAGCGACUCUGUUGUAAUCAGGAGAUUAGGGGGCGGAGGUUCGGAUUAUGCAUCAUUUGUACAACAUGUUGGUGUUCCAGGAGUUGACAUGUCCUUUGGACGAGGCUAUCCAGUAUAUCACUCUAUGUAUGAUGACUUCACUUGGAUGGAAAAGUUUGGUGAUCCGAUGUUUCAGCGACAUGUCGCAAUGGCUAGUGUUCUUGGUUUGGUCGCUCUUCGGUUAGCAGAUGAGGAAAUUAUACCAUUCAACUAUACUUCCUAUGCAUUAGAACUCAAGAAAAGCGCGGAAGAUUUGGAGAAUGAGAAGUUAGGACAUAACAUAGAUGUUUCUACGUUGAUCAAGUCGAUAGAAGAUCUAUCUACGGCUGCAAAACAUAUAUCCCUAGAGAAAGAGGCAAUUAAAGGAGCUCUUAAAGUGAGAGAGCUUAAUGACAGAUUAAUGAUGGCAGAACGAGCUUUAACAGACCGAGAUGGACUCUCUGAAAGACCAUGGUACAAGCAUUUGAUAUACGGACCAUCGAAGUACGAUGACUACGGAUCGAAAUCAUUCCCUGGAGUUGAUGAUGCAAUUGACAAUGCAAAGAAGCUAAACACAAAAGCAUCUUGGGAAAAUGUUCAACACCAGAUUUGGAGAGUCUCUAGAGCUAUUAGACAUGCUUCACUUGUUUUAAAAGGUGAACUGAUAUGAGAUCAAGAAUGCUCUUGUUGCUUCAGCACAAUGAUGUGAACAUAAUGAAGGCAGAUAAGAUUCUGUCACAAGUUUAUUCAGUUUUGGUGUUUACAUUUUGUAGUUCCUCUAUUUCUUUUGCUUAAAAUUUGUUUCUUUUGAUUAAAGUUAAACCCUGAAACGCU